AUGGAUAUCGACGCGACGGUGAAGAAUGUGAUCCCGGCCGAGGAAAUCGUCGGCGAUGGGGGCUGGGGCGAUACGGCGAACGAUGUGCGCGACAUGCAGCGCUUGGGGAAGAAGCAAGAAUUCAAGCGGAACUUCGGGUUCCUGGCUACCCUCGGUUUCGUGUCCAUCUACAUGGCUACCUGGGAGUUUGUUUUAGUCUCCCUCUCGGCCGGUUUCAUCAAUGGAGGCUUCGCCGGUCUCUUCUGGACAUUUAUAGGCACAGUCAGCUGCUACGCCACCAUCGUCGCCUCCCUCGCCGAAAUGGAAAGCAUGGCGCCGACUAGCGGAGGCCAGUAUCAUUGGGUCUCCGAGUUCGCUCCGCCACAGUAUCAGAAGUUCCUCAGCUAUUCAGCCGGCUGGAUGUCGACCCUCGGCUGGUUGGCCAGCUUUGCAUCCAGCUGCUUCGUUGUAGCUACCCUCAUCGAGAUCUGCGCCGAGGUAAUCGCGCCAGACUUCGGCUUCACCAACUGGCAAUACACGCUCAUCAUGCUCGCACUCAUCGUACUCACCAUCUUCUUCAAUACCAUUGGUGCCAGUUCGCUGCCCAUGUUGGAGACGGCUUCGUUGUUCGCCCAUGUCGUCGGAUUCUUCGUCAUCGCUAUUGUCUGCUGGGUCAUGUGCCGUCCGCUGAACUCUGGCACUGACGUUUUUACCACGUUUGUGAACAGCGGGGGUUGGAGCAACAUGGGGACUGCCUGCCUUGUCAGUCAAGUCACCGUCAUGUACUGCAACCUGGGCUCGGAUAGCAUCGUCCAUAUCUCCGAAGAAGUAGAGGAUGCCUCCUGGAUCGUCCCGCGGGCUAUGUGGUGGUCCUACGUCAUCAACGUUUUGCUCGGCAUCAUCAUGCUCAUCACCAUGCUUUUCUGCAUUGGAUCUCUAGAGGCCACAUUGGAAGCCGACGCUCCGUACCUGAACCUUUUUGUGAACACUGGUUCGACCGGCGUUGCCCUGUUUCUGACCAUCAUUCUUCUCCUGCUCAUCUUCGCCGGCAACAUCACCACACUGGCAACCGUUUCAAGAGAACUGUGGGCAUUUGCAAGAGACAAGGGCUUUCCCUUUUCCGGAUGGAUAUCUCACAUGAACCGCAAAUACGACAUCCCCUUCAACGCCGUCUACCUCUCCUCAGUCGGCGCCGGCAUCCUCUGCCUCGUCAACCUCGGCUCCACCCUCGCCUUCAACAUCAUCGUCUCGCUCUCCCUCCUGGCCCUGCUCUCCACCUACAUGCUGUCCAUCGGCUGCGUGCUGCUGCGGCGCAUCAAAGGCGAAGCGCUACCGCCGGCGCGCUGGAGCCUGGGCCGCUUCGGGCUGCCCGUCAACGCCUUCGCCUUCUUCUACUCGCUGUUCGUCAUCGUCUUCAGCUGCUUCCCGACGUCGGUGCCCGUGACGUCGACGGCCGACGCCAACUGGGCGCCGGCCAUCUGGGCGGGCGUCAUCGUCGUCAGCGUCGGGACGUACGUCGUGCACGGCAAAAAGCACUUCACGCCGCCCGUCAUGUUCGUCGAGGGGAUGAGGACGGAGGGCGUCGGGAUCCAGGCGACGACGUCGUGA